AUGCCGCAAGUCUCGCGAGGGCCGUUGGAGAUGCUGAGGCAACAACGGUUACCUGCCUGGCAGCCUCUUCUUACGCCGCCAUAUGUCGCGCUGUCAUUUCUCAUUGCGGGCAUCAUAUUCAUUCCACUUGGCGGUGUGAUUACGGUCAGCAACCAGCGCGCGAAGGAGAUUUCCUUUCGCUACGACGAUAUUCAGCAUUGCACCAGCGCGCAAAACACGGGUGCCUUCACGUAUGAGGGCAAUAACAUGACGCUCAAGACGGGAUGUGUGACGGUGGUCAAAUUUGAUGUCACAGAAACCUUGAAGGCACCAGUGUAUCUCUACUAUGGUCUCACGAACUUCUAUCAGAAUCACAGACGUUAUUCCAACUCGCGAAGCGAUGCCCAGCUGGCAGGAGAAGUCGUGAGGAACCUGCCUGAUGCUGCUCCUCUCGUUACGCCUGGUGACAUUACCGGGACCUCGGAGACGCCCAUUACAUACGUCAAUUACCCGACACUGCGCUACAAGAGUUUCUUGUACGUUCCUGCGGGCCUCAUCGCGUGGUCUAUGUUUAACGACACCUUUACUUUGUACAAAGAAGAGAGUACAGAACUAGGAGACACCCGCCGGAAGCUGAUAUGCAACUCGACGGACUUUUCACAAGGGGAAAAUCUACCCCUUGAAGGUUCUGUCUCGCCGAACCUUUGUACAAAAAAGGGCAUCGCAUGGAAUACUGACGUGGCCUACAAGUUCAAAGCGCCAAAUUUGGAGCCACACCAUUUCUUCUGGACAGCAGGGCAAGAACUAUACACUGGAGUGAAACCGUCUCCUCCCCUCACGAAUGAUUCGUUUUUUAACAACGGGUGGUAUGCGAAUGAGCUCGGGCACUCUAUCCCUGUUACGACAGAUGAGGACUUAAUGGUCUGGAUGCGCGCGGCAUCCCUGCCAAACUUUCGCAAAUUGCAUCGUGUUAUUCAUACAGAUCUUGUUCCAGGAAAAUAUGUGAUGGAAAUCGGCGAGCACUACGACGUCUCAUCGUUUGGUGGCACAAAGACUUUCGCGUUGGCCACAUUGUCUUGGUUUGGUGGAAAAAGUUCAUAUCUCUCAGCGAUGUACUAUGCAGUUGGCGGUAUUGCACUUUUCUUUUCUGCAGUGUUGAUGGUUGCUUAUCGCUUGGGCGGCGACCGAGCCUCAAAGGCACUCGAUGAUAUCCUCCAGAAAUAG